AGUAGUAGUAGUAGUAGUAGUAGUAGUAGUAGUAGUAGUAGUAGUAGUAGUAGUAGUAGUAGUAGUAGUAGUAGUAGUAGUAGUAGUAGUAGUAGUAGUAGUAGUAGUAGUAGUAGUAGUAGUAGUAGUAGUAGUAGUAGUAGUAGUAGUAGUAGUAGUAGUAGUAGUAGUAGUAGUAGUAGUAGUAGUAGUAGUAGUAGUAGUAGUAGUAGUAGUAGUAGUAGUAGUAGUAGUAGUAGUAGUAGUAGUAGUAGUAGUAGUAGUAGUAGUAGUAGUAGUAGUAGUAGUAGUAGUAGUAGUAGUAGUAGUAGUAGUAGUAGUAGUAGUAGUAGUAGUAGUAGUAGUAGUAGUAGUAGUAGUAGUAGUAGUAGUAGUAGUAGUAGUAGUAGUAGUAGUAGUAGUAGUAGUAGUAGUAGUAGUAGUAGUAGUAGUAGUAGUAGUAGUAGUAGUAGUAGUAGUAGUAGUAGUAGUAGUAGUAGUAGUAGUAGUAGUAGUAGUAGUAGUAGUAGUAGUAGUAGUAGUAGUAGUAGUAGUAGUAGUAGUAGUAGUAGUAGUAGUAGUAGUAGUAGUAGUAGUAGUAGUAGUAGUAGUAGUAGUAGUAGUAGUAGUAGUAGUAGUAGUAGUAGUAGUAGUAGUAGUAGUAGUAGUAGUAGUAGUAGUAGUAGUAGUAGUAGUAGUAGUAGUAGUAGUAGUAGUAGUAGUAGUAGUAGUAGUAGUAGUAGUAGUAGUAGUAGUAGUAGUAGUAGUAGUAGUAGUAGUAGUAGUAGUAGUAGUAGUAGUAGUAGUAGUAGUAGUAGUAGUAGUAGUAGUAGUAGUAGUAGUAGUAGUAGUAGUAGUAGUAGUAGUAGUAGUAGUAGUAGUAGUAGUAGUAGUAGUAGUAGUAGUAGUAGUAGUAGUAGUAGUAGUAGUAGUAGUAGUAGUAGUAGUAGUAGUCGUAGUAGUCGU